GCAGCGACUGCGCCUGCGCGCGGGAGGGAGGGCGGCUUCCCUGCCCGAGCGAAGAUGGCGGCCUCCAGAGCCAGGCUCUGAGGGGAAGCAGGCGAGUUUCAGGCGCAGCGGGUGGAGCCCAGCCGGGGAGGGGAGCCUUCUUUCCCCUGGGCCCAGGCGAGGACGGCGGCAAGCAAAGCAGCCCCGGGUGAAGCUGGCUGGUCGGGUUUCUUUGCUCUGGGAGGCUUGGAGGCUCUGGGCAGCGCUGCUCCCUGUCCAGGUCCUGACACAAAAUGAAUAUAAUUAGGGAAAAUAAAGAUUUGGCCUGUUUCUACACAACAAAGCAUUCAUGGAGGGGGAAGUAUAAAAGAGUCUUCUCAGUUGGAACGCAUGCCAUCACAACAUAUAACCCCAACACACUAGAAGUUACAAAUCAGUGGCCUUAUGGAGAUAUCUGUGGCAUUAGCCCUGUUGGAAAAGGACAAGGAACAGAAUUCAAUCUUACAUUUCGUAAGGGAAGUGGAAAGAAGUCUGAAACUCUGAAGUUUUCAACAGAACACAGAACAGAACUCCUUACAGAAGCUCUGAGAUUCCGAACUGAUUUUGCUGAAGGAAAAAUCACAGGAAGGAGAUACAACUGUUACAAACAUCAUUGGAGUGAUACAAGAACACCUGUAAUUCUAGAGGUGACUCCUGGAGGCUUUGACCAAAUUAAUCCUGCAACAAAUAAAGUACUGUGUUCUUAUGAUUACCGAAAUAUUGAAGGAUUUGUCGAUCUAUCUGAUUAUCCAGGAGGUUUCUGUAUACUUUAUGGAGGAUUUAGUAGACUACAUUUAUUUGCUUCUGAGCAAAGGGAAGACAUUAUCAAAAGUGCAAUAGAACAUGCUGGCAAUUACGUUGGCAUUUCCUUGAGAAUAAGAAAAGAACCUUUAGAGUUUGAACAGUAUUUGAGUCUUCGUUUUGGGAAAUACAGCAAUGAUGAAUCCAUUACAUCUUUAGCAGAAUUUGUGGUCCAAAAGAUAUCUCCUAGGCAUUCGGAACCAGUGAAAAGGAUAUUGGCUCUUACAGAAACUUGCUUAGUAGAACGUGACCCAGCCACAUACAAUAUUGCAACACUGAAACCCUUAGGAGAGGUAUUUGCACUAGUGUGUGAUUCUGAAAACCCACAGCUUUUUACCAUUGAAUUUAUCAAGGGACAAAUCCGAAAAUAUUCUUCGACAGAGAGGGAUUCAUUGUUAGCCAGUUUGCUGGAUGGAGUAAGAGCCUCUGGCAACAGGGAUGUCUGUGUGAAAAUGACACCUACAGAUAAAGGCCAGCGCUGGGGCUUGUUGAGUAUGCCGGUGGAUGAGGAAGUUGAAAGCCUCCAUCUCAGGUUCCUGGCAGCACCUCCCAAUGGCAAUUUCGCAGAUGCUGUCUUCCGGUUCAAUUCAAACAUUUCAUACAGUGGGGUUCUGCAUGCAGUAACACAAGAUGGCCUAUUUUCAGAAAACAAAGAGAAGCUAAUAAAUAAUGCUAUAACAGCAUUGCUCUCACAAGAGGGUGACCUUACAGCAUCAACUGCUGAGCUUGAAAGCCAAUUCCAAGCUGUUAGAAGAUUAGUUGCUUCUAAAGCCGGAUUCCUUGCUUUCACUCAGCUUCCAAAAUUUCGAGAACGCUUGGGUGUGAAGGUAGUGAAGGCUCUUAAAAGGAACAAUGAUGGAGUAACUCAUGCUUCCAUUGAUAUGCUUUGUGCCCUCAUGUGUCCUAUGCAUGAUGACUAUGACUUGAGGCAAGAGCAGCUAAACAAAGCAUCCCUUCUUUCGUCAAAGAAGUUCUUGGAAAAUUUAUUGGAGAAAUUUAAUUCCCAUGUGGAAUAUGGAACGGGCGCCCUAGUUAUUAGUUCACUUCUGGACUUCCUCACUUUUGCCCUCUGUGCCCCAUAUAGUGAGACAACAGAGGGGCAACAGUUUGAUAUGUUACUGGAGAUGGUUGCAUCUAAUGGGAGAACCCUCUUCAAGCUCUUUCAGCAUCCUUCCAUGGCUAUUGUGAAGGGGGCUGGAUUGGUUAUGAAGGCAAUAAUAGAGGAGGGAGACAAAGAGAUAGCCACCAGAAUGCAAGAUCUUGCCCUCAGUGAAGGUGCCUUACCUCGACACUUGCACACUGCUAUGUUUACAAUUAGCACAGAUCAAAGGAUGCUUACAAAUAGACAGUUGAGCAGGCAUCUUGUGGGUCUUUGGACAGCUGAAAAUGCAACUGCUUUGAACUUGCUGAAACGUAUUUUGCCAUCAGGUUUGCUUUUAUACCUGGACAGUAAUGAGCCUGUUCCUGAAAAGGAUUCUGAUCGUAUGCAUAUUAGGGAUAAUUUAAAAAUUGCAAAUGAUCAGUAUGGAAAGUUCAAUAAAGUGCCGGAGUGGCAGAGACUUGCAGGAAAAGCUGCUAAAGAGGUUGAGAAAUUUGCCAAGGAGAAGGUAGAUUUAGUUUUGAUGCACUGGAGAGACAAAAUGGGAAUAGCACAGAAAGAGGACAGAAACAAUAUGAAUAUUAAUCAAAAGCCUGUAAUACUGAGGAAGCGGCGGCAAAGAAUAAAAAUACAAGCAAACUGGGAACUCUUCUAUUACAGAUUUCUUCAAGAUCAUGCUAGGUCCAAUCUGAUUUGGAAUUUCAAAACACGAGAAGAAUUGAGAGAUACUUUGGAGUCUGAGAUGCGGGCAUUUCAGAUUGACAGAGAACUUGGCAGUGCUAAUGUCAUUUCCUGGAAUCACCAUGAAUUUGAGGUGAAAUAUGAAUGCCUGUCAGAGGAAAUAAAAAUAGGUGAUUAUUACUUGAGGUUGCUCUUGGAAGAAGAUGAAAGUGAGGAAAGCGGAGCAAUAAAAAAAUCGUAUGAAUUUUUCAAUGAAUUGUACCAUCGUUUUCUACUCACCCCUAAAAUAAAUAUGAAAUGCCUGUGCUUACAAGCCUUAGCCAUUGUUUAUGGAAGAUGCUAUGAAGAGAUAGGCCCAUUUGGUGACACUAGAUAUAUCAUCGGGAUGUUGGAAAGGUGUACUGAUAGACUUGAGCGGGACCGGCUGAUACUUUUCCUUAACAAACUGAUCCUAAACAAGAAAAAUGUCAAGGAACUUAUGGAUUCAAAUGGCAUUAGGAUCCUGGUAGACCUCCUCACUCUGGCCCACCUUCACACAAGCAGGGCGACAGUCCCAUUGCAAAGCAAUGUAAUAGAAGCUUCACCUGAUAUGAAGAGAGAGAGUGAAAAAGAAUGGUACUUUGGAAAUGCAGACAAGGAAAGGAGCGGUCCUUACAGUUUUCAUGAGAUGCAAGAGCUGUGGAACAAAGGGACGCUCACCUCGAAAACACGCUGCUGGGCCCAGGGCAUGGAUGGAUGGCGCCCAUUGCAAGUUAUCCCUCAGCUAAAGUGGUGCCUGCUUGCCACUGGACAGGCUGUGCUGAAUGAGACAGAUCUUGCCACCCUGAUCCUUAACAUGCUCGUCACAAUGUGUAGCUAUUUUCCCAGUAGGGAUCAGGAUAAUGCUAUUAUAAGACCUUUGCCCAGAGUGAAACGGCUUCUUUCAGACAGCACCUGCCUUCCACAUAUUAUUCAGCUUUUGCUGACUUUUGAUCCCAUUCUCGUUGAGAAAGUCGCCAUAUUGCUUUUCUACAUAAUGCAAGAUAAUCCACAAUUACCUCGUCUUUACCUCAGUGGAGUAUUCUUCUUCAUUAUGAUGUACACUGGUUCCAAUGUACUCCCUGUUGCAAGGUUUCUGAAGUAUACACAUGCAAAGCAGGCUUUCAAAUCUGAGGAGACCAAGGGGCAAGAUAUAGUUCAGAGAAGUAUCCUUGGACAUAUCCUACCAGAAGCUAUGGUGUGUUACUUAGAAAAUUAUGAUGCAGAAAAAUUUUCUGAAAUUUUUUUGGGUGAAUUUGACACUCCAGAGGCUAUUUGGAGCAAUGAAAUGAGGCGCCUCAUGAUAGAGAAGAUAGCUGCUCAUCUCGCUGACUUCACUCCUCGUCUUCAGAGCAAUACAAGGGCACUUUACCAGUACUGUCCCAUACCAGUCAUAAGUUAUCCUCAACUGGAGAAUGAGCUGUUUUGUAACAUUUAUUACCUCAGGCAUCUUUGUGAUAAGCUCCGGUUUCCUGAUUGGCCAAUUAAAGAUCCCGUUAAACUUUUGAAAGAUACCUUAGAAGCUUGGAAGAAGGAGGUAGAGAAGAAGGCGCCUACAAUGUCAAUAGACGAUGCUUACGAAGUCCUGCAUCUUCCAAAGGGGCAAGGACAACAUGAAGAAAGCAAGAUCCGGAAAGCUUAUUUUAGACUGGCUCAGAAAUAUCAUCCUGACAAGAAUCCAGAAGGUCGAGAUAUGUUUGAAAAGGUGAAUAAGGCAUAUGAAUUUCUGUGCACAAAAUCAGCCAAAAUGGUAGAUGGUCCAGACCCUGAGAACAUAAUUUUGAUUUUGAAAGCUCAAAGCAUCCUUUUCAACAGACACAAAGAAGAAUUGAAGCCCUAUAAAUAUGCAGGUUACCCUAUGUUGAUCAAAACAAUCACAAUAGAGACUUCAGAUGACCUCUUGUUCUCCAAAGAGUCUCCCUUGUUGCCUGCUGCUACUGAGCUGGCUUUCUACACUGUCAACUGUUCAGCACUUAAUGCAGAAGAACUAAGAAGAGAGAAUGGAAUAGAGGUCUUGCAAGAGGCUUUUAAUCGUUGUGUUGCUGUCCUGACACGCUCUAGCAAACCAGACGAUAUGUCAGUCCAAGUGUGCGGCCAUAUCAGUAAAUGUUACAGCGUGGCAGCCCAAUUUGAAGACUGCAGAGAGAAAAUAACUGAAAUGCCAAAUAUCAUCAAGGAUCUAUGUAGAGUGCUGUAUCAUGGCAAGAACAUUGCACGCGUGGCUUCUCUUGGUGUAGAAUGUGUCAGCUCAUUUGCUGUGGAUUAUUGGCUACAGACACAUCUAUUUCAAGCUGGAGUUCUGUGGUAUUUGCUGGGCUACCUUUUCAACUAUGAUUACACGCUAGAAGAGAGUGGUAUCCAAAAGAGUGAAGACUCCAAUCAGCAGGAAGUAGCUAAUACCCUUGCCAAGCUGAGUCUCCUUGCUUUGAGUCGCCUUGGUGGUUAUCUUCCGGGAGAACAAGCCACACCUGAAAAUCCAACGAUAAGGAAAAGUCUUGCAGGCAUGCUGACCCCGUAUAUUGCAAGGAAACUUGCAGUGAUUAAUCCAGUUGAGAUUCUGAAAAUGUUGAAUAGCAAUUCAGAGAGCCCUUAUCUAAUUUGGAACAAUCGGACAAGAGCAGAACUCAUUGAGUUUUUGGAAACUCAGCAGGAAAGCAUGAUUAAAAGAGGCGACUGUGAUAAAAGCUAUGGAUCAGAAUUUGUCUUCAGUGAUCAUGCAAAAGAACUUAUUGUAGGAGAGAUUUUUGUCAGAGUUUACAAUGAAGUUCCCACAUUCCAGUUAGAGGUUCCAAAAGCAUUUGCUGCAAGCCUUUUGGAUUACAUAGGUUCACAAGCACAGUACCUUCACACAUUAAUGGCUAUGACUCAGACAGGAAAAGUUGAGUCUAACCAACAUGGAGACAGGCUCAGAAGGGUUGAAAUGGCUCUGGAGGCUUUGAGAAAUGUAAUAAAGCACAACCCCGGUUCAGAAUGUGAAUGCAUAGGUCACUUUAAGUUAAUAUUCUCACUGCUGCGUGUCCAUGGAGCUGGUCAAGUGCAACAAUUGGCUUUGGAGGUGGUGAACAUUGUAACGAGUAACCAGGAAUGUGUAAAUAAUAUUGCAGAAGCCAUGGUUCUUUCCAACUUGCUAGCCCUCCUGCAUUCACUACCUUCAAGUCGGCAGCUUGUUCUUGAAACUCUGUAUGCUUUGACUUCCAGUACCAAAAUAGUUAAGGAGGCCAUGGCAAAAGGUGCUUUAAUCUACUUACUUGAUAUGUUCUGCAAUUCAACACACCCACAAGUUCGGUCUCAGACAGCAGAGCUCUUUGCUAAGAUGACAGCAGACAAGCUGGUUGGUCCAAAGGUUAGAAUCAUCCUAAUGAAGUUUCUGCCUGGUGUCUUUAUGGAUGCCAUGCGAGAUAAUCCUGAAGCUGCCGUCCACAUUUUUGAAGGAACGCAUGAAAAUCCAGAGUUGAUAUGGAACGACAACUCCAGAGAGAGGGUCUCUACAACUGUUCGUGAAAUGAUGUUAGAGCACUUUAAACUACAGAGGGACAACCCUGAUAUUAACUGGAAGUUGCCAGAGGACUUUGCUGUGGUCUAUGGCGAAGCGGAAGGCGAACUGUCCGUAGGGGGCGUCUUCCUCAGGAUCUUUAUCGCCCAGCCGGCCUGGGUCUUACGCAAACCAAGAGAAUUUCUCAUUGCACUGUUAGAAAAAUUCACUGAACUACUGGAGAAAAACAACCCCCAUGGGGAAACGUUAGAAACUGUAACAACAGCAACUGUGUGCCUCUUUAGCGCUCAGCCUCAACUGGCGGACCAAGUCCCCCCACUUGGCCACCUUCCUAAGAUUCUCCACGCCAUGAAUCACAAAAACAAUGCCAUCCCUAAAAGCGCCAUCCGUGUCAUACACAUCCUGUCAGAUAAUGAGCUUUGUGUUCGUUCGAUGGCAGCACUAGAGACCAUAGGCCCCAUGAUGAAUGGAAUGAAGAAACGACCAGAUACUAUUGGCGUGGCCUGUGAAGCACUUAAUCGGAUGUUUCAAAAAGAACAAAAUGAUCUAGUAGUCCAAGCUUUGAAAGCAGACCUAGUCCCCUAUCUCCUAAAAUUGCUUGAAGGUGUUGGCCUUGAGAAUCUGGAUAGCCCUUCAGCUACAAAAGCACAGAUUGUUAAAGCCUUGAAAUCAAUGACUCGAAGUCUACAAUAUGGAGAGCAGGUGAAUGAAAUUCUGUCUCGUUCUUCUGUUUGGAGUGCCUUCAAAGAUCAGAAACACGACUUGUUCAUUUCUGAGACACAAACUGCAGGGUACCUCACAGGACCUGGAGUGGCUGGCUACCUGACUGCAGGGAGGACUUCCUCUGUCCUGCCCAGCGUCCCUCCUCCAGUCGACCACGAAGCUGGAGAUACUGGCUAAAGGACUUGAAAUGCCUGUGCAACAGUAUCCAAGGCAGACUGGCCAGGAAUAAGGGAGGCCCCAUUCGUUGGUUUCAGCCGUUGGAACAAAAUCUGCCUGCCUUCCCAGUUUCAUGACAGUGUUACUCCUUUUUCUAUGAAUCUAUUUUUUUUAGAAAAAAAAAGUUCAUGAUUCUAUCACAUUGUAACAUAAGAAGAGAGUACUUUGUGGAUCAACCUAGAUGGGUGCACAAGAAUGUUUUUUUUUUUCUUGCUGUACAUAAGCACAUUUUGUUCCUUUAUAUUUUUGUUUACAAGACUGUGAAUCGAAACAAUUUUCCUAGUUUUUUGUAUUUUAUGAACUAGCAUGACUGAAGUUGAACUGCAGUCUCAAGAAUUGGGCUAAAUCACUUGAUCCUCACUAGAAAAAUGGGUUUUCUCCAAUUGUUCUUCCCGGGGUGGAGCUUUCAUCCUUCCAGAACUUGACAGACUUUUUGUUCACCUUUGUCCUCAAUCAUUAACAUUUCCCUUACAAGACCUAAUGAGAUAUUUGUAUGUAUAACUGGCUUUACCAAAUUGAAAAAUUAAAAUGCAGCAAAAAAAAGACUAUUUAAAAUGAUGUUAACAUGUUAUAUAAAAACAUAGUGUAAUUGUGAUCUGUUCUAUACAUUAUCCAGUAUAAAAAAACUUUCUAUAUUGAAUGUACAUUAUACAAAUCCUUCAUAUGUACAUAAAAUUUUAAAAAUAAAGGGAACUGAAAGCCUUGUUGAUGAGACAAA